AUGUCACCCCCCGCCGACCUCCCCGCCAACCACAAAAGCUACUACGAGCCGAAUGGGCAUUUCAUGCUCCGCAUGAGGGACAACACGUACACGGACCUCGGGUUCGUGCCAGCCGACCAGCGCCACCUCACUCUCACCGAGCUGCUAGCUGCGCGGCAAGCAUACGCCAACCGGACGGCGCAGGAAGCGGGGCGCGCCUACAACAAUUAUGUGGCGACCAGCGGCAACGAGGACCGAGCGCGGGCGGUAGGGUAUGAAGCGUACCUGCGCAACAAUGCCGAUAGAGCCGCCGGGAGGCGCCCGCUGUGGCUGGCGGCACCGGAUUACGAUGAGGAGCGUGCGAGAGUGAGGGACUGGAAUCCGCCUGCUGGCGGGGGCUAUCCGCAGGCGGGACAAUACUACAAUCCUGGCCAAUACGAAUAUCCCGCUCAGGCGGCUGGCCAAUAUGAAUAUCCCGUUCAGGCGGCUGGCCAAAACUACUACUAUCCCGCUCAGGGAGCUGGCCAAUACUACUACCCUCCCGCUCAGGCGGCUGGCCAAUACAACCCUCCCGCUCCACCGCCCCGGAACGCGCCCGGAGAAGCACGACAGCCGCAACAGCAGGGAGUCCAGACACAAGGACUUUAUCCUGACGCUGCUUUCGUAUACGAUCCCCUGACUGGCAGCUACAGGCCACAGGGAGCAGCCGGGCGGCAACCGCCAGAGGGAAACGGGGCGCAACAGCCGCCAAGAGCCGAUUCUCAGGAUGAUGGGAGGAUUCCUGAUGGAUAUUUUACGAUGUAUCGGCAUCCUGAUGGUGAAUAUAGGCUGCAUCCGCCACCGGGCGGGCUCCACUAA